CUUUGCCUUCGUCCUUAUUACCUCGGUUCGGGGAGGCCGCAGGGCAGAGGCUCCGCCAUGGAGGACCCGGAGAGGGAGGCCGACGUCUCGGAGCUGCAGCGCCUGGUGGCUGUCGAGGAGCAGCGCGCCCGCCUCGCCGCCCAGGUUCACAACUUCAUGGAGGUCUGCUGGGAAAAAUGUGUUGACAAGCCAGGUUCCAAGCUGGACUCCAGAACAGAAACUUGCCUCGCCAACUGCGUCAACCGCUUCAUAGACACAACACUGUCCAUCACCAACCGCUUUGCACAGAUAAUACAGAAAGGAGGCCAUUGACUACCACAUGGAGGAGGUCCCCUUCGAUCAACGGACUUAACAAGAUCCAGGUCUUUCACUGGGGCCCUACUCUGUCAGUUGUUCUACCUCAGUGCAGCUUGAAGAGCCAUUUGUACAUGAUUGUUCAUGCCUAAGUGGCAUUAGACUGGGUCAUGUAGAACAAAAUCUUGGCUCCUUUCAAGCUAAUAAAUCAAGACUUGCUUAAACAAA